ACGUAAUCUCAAUCCGAAACGUUUUUUUGAUCCGAGAGUUGCGGUUUCACCCAUCGAUCCUUCCCUCCCAGUUCAACCCAUUACUCACCCACGUUGUCUCUCUCUCUCUCUCUCUCUCUCUCUCUCUAUAUAUAUAUAUAUAUACACACACCUCUCCGAGAUUUGUAUUUCUUUACACAAUCUUUCGAAUAGUAAAUCCUCAAAAAAGGGUCUCUUUCAAUUCUCUGAGGUUUUCAACUUCGAGAAGGAAAAUCAGCAAUGGCUUCAAAUGGGCAAACCACAAAACCCCCACCAAACCCAUCUCCAUUGCGAAGUGCCAAAUUUUUCCAGGCUAACAUGAGAAUUUUGGUUACUGGAGGAGCUGGGUUCAUUGGCUCUCACCUAGUGGACAGAUUGAUGCAAAAUGAGAAGAAUGAGGUGAUUGUUGCGGAUAACUACUUCACUGGCUCAAAGGACAACCUAAAACAAUGGAUUGGUCAUCCAAGAUUUGAGCUUAUUCGUCAUGAUGUCACAGAGCCAUUGUUAGUUGAAGUUGAUCAAAUAUAUCAUCUUGCUUGUCCUGCUUCUCCAAUUUUCUACAAAUACAAUCCUGUAAAGACAAUUAAGACAAAUGUGAUGGGAACAUUGAACAUGUUGGGACUUGCCAAGCGAGUUGGAGCAAGGAUUUUACUUACAUCAACUUCUGAGGUUUAUGGAGAUCCUCUUGUGCAUCCUCAGACCGAGGAAUACUGGGGCAAUGUUAACCCUAUAGGUGUUCGGAGUUGUUAUGAUGAGGGAAAGCGAGUGGCUGAGACUUUGAUGUUUGAUUACCAUAGGCAACAUGGAAUUGAAAUACGGAUUGCAAGGAUCUUCAAUACUUAUGGACCCCGCAUGAACAUUGAUGAUGGGCGUGUUGUCAGCAAUUUCAUAGCUCAAGCAAUUCGUGAUGAGCCUUUGACUGUUCAAUUGCCCGGAACACAAACACGGAGCUUUUGUUAUGUAUCUGACAUGGUUGAUGGCCUCAUUCGACUUAUGGAAGGAAAUGAUACUGGGCCAAUCAACAUUGGCAAUCCAGGUGAAUUUACAAUGCUUGAACUGGCCGAGAAUGUGAAGGAGCUUAUCAACCCUGAUGUGAAGAUCAUGACUGUUGAAAACACACCUGAUGAUCCUCGCCAGAGAAAACCAGACAUCACCAAGGCAAAGGAGUUGUUAGGUUGGGAACCAAAGAUCAAGUUGCGCGAUGGCCUUCCCUUCAUGGAGGAGGAUUUCCGCCAGCGGCUUGGUGUCCCUAAAAAGGCCUGAACUUGGCAACAGUCUAAAACCCUAGGAUAUUUGGCUGAUUCUAUUUUCCAGUGAAGCUUGAUCUGGUUUUUCUAUGCCUUAUUUUUGUUUAUUUUUCCUCCUUUUUGGGUAAGAUGUCACAAUCUGGAAUAAAUUGUGCAACUGUUUUCAUUAUUUUGCAGACUGGGACUAUGUCCUUUAUUUGAUUAAUAUAUGGAAAAGAAAUUUUUCAUUGCUGGCUAA